GGUAUGUACAGGUGUACUACCUUAGGUAGGCACCUAGUAGGAACAUGGCAUUAACCCCCGCCAUUAGUGCCGUAAGGCCGCUGUCAUCUACAUACCUAGUACAGCCACCUUAACGAUUUCCUACGACGUCACAGGGUGAGUGGUAGAAAUGAUUGCUACAUCAAUUCAAUUCUACUUUGUUUACACCACGCCGGUGGUGAUUGGUUUAAAGAAGACAUUCGCGCUCCUUCACAACAUAUCAGUUCACAGACUAGGAAUACUAUCCAUGUCUUUCCGUAGUGAGCCUUGCAAGCAGGCGAGACUGGUAGCACGUUCGCACUAUUGUCGUGUCCUUGCCGCUUCCCGGGGCCUCGUCGUGCCGCCCUACGCUCAAAGCUUGUGAUCGUGUACCACAAUUGCAUUUGCGACAAUAUAUAGUACACCCUUUUACGACCAUAUUCCAGCGACAACGGAUAGAGAAGGAGUGGAAAAUAAUAAUCAACCAGUGUCUUGGCGAUUGCCUCGGUGCGAUCAUGUGGUCCAGCAGAGGCUUAGCAAGCCUACAGAAGACAUACGACGAGAGCUACUUGAAGUGCUCAACCGCCGUCUAUUAUGAGAGUCAGGGUGAUGAAAAGGAGGCUACGCUUUGCUGGAAGAACGCGCUUGAACAGAUUCGAACCGGCACAGCCAGUAAAAAACAUGGCGACUACGCGCCUAAAUCCGAGACCGAGCGCACCCUCGUUCAGAGCUUGCGCGAGCUGGAGUCCCAAUGCAAGGAGAGGAUAGAUCUUCUCGAAGCCCUACGACUGUCCCGGCAAGAUUUUCAGGUUCUAGACCAUGCACCGCAACGACAAGGGGUUGGGCAAGCUGGGCAAGAUGACCGUCCAUCUCAGUCCUCCACACCGAGUAAAGGAUGGAUCGGGGAUGGAACCAUACCUGCCAUAACAUAUACUGAGCUAUCAAAGCCACCUCUGCCCCAGCGCCCCUCUCUAGCCUCUAGGAGCUCUUCAGAUCGGGCGGCUGUUGGUCGCCGUUCGUCAAUAGACCAAAUCCUAGACCAGUUCGAAGCUACAUCCUCCGCACAGGCACCGUCUCUGCCUCCCUACAGUUCCAUACCAUCAUCAUCAAAGGGUGUUCAAAGGUCAUCUAGUCCUGAUAAGAGGACAAUGCGUACAACACUCCGGUCAGGCAUGUCAGACAAAUCACUCAGGUCCACCCGAAUGACUCCUUCUAAAUCCAGCAAAGGUCCUGGUGCCAGUAAAGCAGCCACAUUAGCAUGGAGCAGCCGUAACUCGAGAGCCAGUCUAGAUGCUACAACAGAUAUCCGCCAUGCAUCACCCCAGCCUGCCGAAUUAAGGCAUUCUCAUGAUCAACCACGACGUAGCACAGCGACGAACCAAAGCUAUUGGGACAGCCAUACGAGAAGGCUGGUUGAAACACACAGCCAGCCGACAAUACCGAGCACCGACUUCUUAUCAGACACUGAAUCAACUCCACGCAUAUUAGGUGACGACGCCACGACUGCACCGUCGCCACUUGCUUUAGGCGCGGCUUCGAGCGCUUUGAAUGCACUUUCCUUGCAAGAACGUGCAAUACCAAACUCAGCUGGUAAACGGCGGCCAUUGCCCAAAAGUUUUUCAAAUCAAGACGUCCAGCAUGGGACCCCCAGGGGCUCCAGUUCGGGACCAGCAAAAGCCCCAAAAGGGGACCACCAGACACACAAAGGCUUGCAAGUGGAAGACAAAUGUGAUGAACCAAGUACUAGCUCAAAUAAGCUUAGUCGUUAUCACUCCAGCCGUCAACGAGAAGAGGAGCCAACUUCGUCAAGCGAAGAUAUGGCACCAGGCUCACGUCAGUCACAACGAAAGGGCAAGCAAAAGACUACACCACUGACCGACGAUUCUGAUAUCCAGUCGCCAGAUAACCCUAGGGAAGAUGAACACAGUCACAGCAAGAGUCAAUGGGAAAGGGAAAAGAAGAAAAUUCUUAGAAAUCUCCCACCUGGUAUUGACGAGUCAGCCGCAAAGGCUAUAUUUAACGAGAUUGUAGUGGAAGGGGAUGAAGUUUAUUGGGGCGAUGUAGCUGGUUUGGAAGUGGCUAAAAAUGCCUUGAGAGAGACCGUAGUGUAUCCUUUCUUGCGACCCGACCUAUUCAUGGGCCUACGCGAACCUGCCAGAGGCAUGCUGCUCUUCGGGCCCCCAGGUACGGGCAAGACAAUGUUGGCUCGCGCAGUUGCAACAGAGUCGAAGUCUACGUUCUUUUCCAUAUCAGCGAGUAGUCUUACGAGCAAAUACCUUGGUGACUCAGAGAAGCUAGUUCGUGCUCUGUUUGCUCUGGCAAAGACAUUAGCUCCUAGCAUCAUAUUUGUUGACGAAAUUGAUUCCUUGUUAUCCCAGAGGUCGGGGUCAGGCGAUCAUGAAUCAACUCGGCGAAUCAAGACAGAAUUUCUAAUCCAAUGGAGUGAUUUACAACGAGCCGCAGCAGGCCGUGAAAGCCCAGGAAGCACUAAAGAUCGAGGAGACGCGAAUCGAGUCCUCGUCUUGGCGGCGACCAAUUUACCAUGGGCCAUCGACGAAGCUGCCAGACGUCGGUUUGUAAGACGGCAGUACAUCCCUCUGCCGGAGCCAGAGACUAGAGCCACCCAAUUCAAGACGCUACUCGGACAGCAGACUCACAACCUCACAGAUGCCGACAUUUCAACAUUGGUCGACUUGACAGAUGGCUUCUCUGGAUCUGAUAUUACAGCGCUGGCAAAGGACGCUGCUAUGGGUCCGCUCCGUUCUCUCGGUGAAGCUGUCCUCCACAUGACCAUGGAUCAGAUUCGGCCGAUCGAACUGAAGGAUUUUCGGGCCAGUCUUCGAACAAUACGGCCCAGCGUGGAUAAGGCAGGACUAAAGGAGUACGAAGAGUGGGCUAAGCAAUUCGGUGAACGUGGUGGUUGAGAUCAACCCACUCGGUGGCAGAAGAGUCAUAUCUGCCUUUUAUACGUUCCAACAGAAGACAAAGCUUCGUAACCGUGUUCAGCUGAUUAGUGCCAUCAAUACUAACUUUAACAUAUCUGCUGGGCUUGAAUAUUGGUCUCCAUCCAUCUUAGCCAAUGGUAUGCAUAAGUAUUGUUACAUUAUUCGAAUAUAUCAUGUAUACACACACGCGUAUAUAUAUAUUCAUAUAUAUUGAUUCCCUGCCAUGUCUUCUAGCGGGUCUAUUCCUACACAUCUCUCU